AUGGCAUUUCGUUCCCGUAUUCUAGAUUUAGAAAAGGAGUCUAGUAAUCUAAAAGAGAGCACAAUUCGACUAGAAGCAAUUGUAUCAGAAGGUACAAGAAGCAUUGCAAAAGAUCAACAAAGUUUACAAAAGUUUGAACAAGAACAUGCUAAAAUUCAAGAUAGAAUUAACCGACUGGAAGAUAUUACAAAGAUGCAACUACAUGAUAUUAAUCGAAUGUUAGUAGAGGCCAAUUAUUUAAAUGGUAUUAAUAAUUAUCGAGAAAAUGAUGAGUCAUUUACUGAUAGACCCGGUUUAAGCGAUGGUGACCUUGAAAUUAUUAAGGAACAAAAUGCAAGUUUGCAGAUUCAUGUGCUUCAUCUUCAAGAAGAAAUUAAUGAUACUCAGGGGAAAAUAAGAAAAAUUCGAGAUAUGAUUAAGUUAUACAAUCAAUUAUUACAAGAAAUGACAGCAAGAUUUUCAAAUAUUCGAAAAUCAGAGGAACCGACUGGAUUAUUUGGACGGAUACCUCGAACCAAAGAAGAAGAACAGGACCUGUUAAAGAAGCAAAUUCACGAUGUUCGAGAACAAUCUAAAAUUGAACAACAGCUUAUUAUUUCAGCAUGGUAUGAUCUCAUAAGACGUAGUGAUAGAGAUGCAUCUAAUCUUACCAUACGAUCAACACCAUCUUCUUGGCUGGGAAGACAAAGAAAAGCUCUAGAUGUUUAUUUAAGACAAAGGCUUUGUUAA